GAUGAUUAAAGAUUAACCCCCUGCCUCCUGCCUCCACCCCUCUGGGGAGUAUAGGCCUUGAGGCUCAGCGAAUCCUUUCAGAGAAAUAUUUGAAAUAAAAGACAACAGAUAGGGGACGCAGUGAAGGCAGAAGGAGGCAGAAGGGCCAAUAGCCUCGGACAAGGGAAUCGGUACAAUCUGGCCCGUGUUUGCUGAUGAUAAUGCGCCUUUCCAAAGCCCUAAUAGACAUGGAGAUGGCAGAUUAUAGUGCAGCGUUAGACCCGGCGUACACCACUCUGGAGUUUGAGAACAUGCAGGUGCUGGCUAUGGGCAAUGACACAUCUCCAUCAGAAGCAGCCAACCUUAACACUUCCAACAGCAUCGGGGUGAGCGCGCUGUGUGCCAUCUGCGGGGACCGUGCCACAGGGAAGCAUUACGGGGCUUCCAGCUGUGAUGGCUGCAAAGGCUUCUUCAGGAGGAGUGUCCGCAAGAACCACAUGUACUCCUGCAGGUUUAACAGGCAGUGUGUGGUAGACAAAGACAAAAGAAACCAGUGCCGAUACUGCAGGCUUAAGAAGUGCUUCCGAGCAGGAAUGAAGAAGGAAGCUGUACAAAAUGAACGGGACCGAAUCAGCACCCGGAGAUCAAGUUAUGAAGACAGCAGCUUGCCCUCCAUCAAUGUUUUGCUGCAGGCAGAAGUCCUGGCACAACAGAUAUCAUCCCCAGUUCCUGUGCUCAAUGGAGACAUUCGAGGAAAGAAGAUCGCCAACAUUUCCGACGUGUGUGAAUCCAUGAAGCAGCAGCUGCUGGUGCUGGUGGAGUGGGCCAAGUACAUCCCUGCCUUCUGUGAGCUGCCCUUGGAUGACCAGGUAGCGCUGCUGCGAGCACACGCAGGGGAACAUCUGUUAUUGGGAGCUGCCAAGAGGUCCAUGGUGUUCAAGGAUGUCUUGCUGCUAGGAAAUGACCACAUCAUCCCGCGGAACUGCCCUGAACUGGUGGAGGUGAAUCGCGUGGCCAUCCGCAUCCUGGACGAGCUGGUCCUCCCCUUCCAGGAGCUGCAGAUAGAUGAUCAUGAAUAUGCCUGCUUGAAAGCCAUUAUCUUCUUUGACCCAGAUGCCAAAGGACUGAGCGACCCCUCCAAGAUCAAGCGGAUGCGGUACCAGGUGCAGGUCAGCCUGGAGGACUACAUCAACGACCGGCAGUACGACUCGCGGGGCCGCUUCGGGGAGCUGCUGCUGCUGCUGCCCGUGCUGCAGAGCAUCACCUGGCAGAUGAUAGAGCAGAUUCAGUUUGUGAAGCUCUUUGGCAUGGCUAAGAUAGACAACCUGCUGCAGGAGAUGCUGUUGGGAGGCUCAUCAAGUGAAACGCCGCAUGCUCACCACCCCCUGCACCCUCAUCUGAUCCAGGAGAACCUGGGAACAAAUGUCAUUGUGGCCAACACAAUGCCUCCUCAGAUGCACAAUGGGCAGAUGUCUACUCCAGAAACUCCACAGCCGUCUCCACCCGCAGGCUCAGGGCCAGAGCAAUAUAAGCUGCUGCCCGGAGCCAUUGCCACCGUGGCCAAACAGCCCACCUCCAUCCCGCAACCCGCCAUCACGAAACAGGAGGUCAUCUAGCAAUCCGCAGACCCGCUGGCCUCGAUUAGAAGACCGUGUGCAAGGAAAGCCCAAAUUAACUCUGUCACUGUGAAAAGAGAAGCCAUCCAGAGGUCCUUGGGUGCAAACACACGGACUUGCUUAUUGGACUAGUCCAGCACCACCAAAAGCUGUCUUCUUGCGGCCACAGGCAGCACGUGCCAUGGACAGCCCCAAGUCCCAGAACUAAGGUUGAAGCCUUACUAAAACCCUCUGUCCUUGUAAGAAGGGCCAGAUUUCAGCCUCCCACUGUGGGGAGGCUGCAGUGACUGGCUGGGGACAGUGCUGUUCCCUAUUGCCACCCCUCAGUGUUGGUUCAGCACACACCAGACCCUGCGAACAAGCAAUUCUCUGUGCUGUGGGAAUGGAGGGCUUUCCCCCAGCCACGCCAGCUCCUCAGUCCCCAGUCCAGCCAAACUUGAAGGAGAUGGAAGCUCCCCCAGGAGCAUCACAGCGGGUAAAGAACGCUGGUUCUGCCCAGGCAGCACUGGCAGAACCACUCCUCAGCCUUGGCUAGUCCCAGGUUUUUGCAUGGUGUCACCCUCCAGCAAACUAACCCCCCCAAGCCAGGUCUAACAAAUCUUUUCAGCUGAUACUGGCCCACCAGGAUUCUCCACUAUUUGGAUCCUUCUGCCUUUUGAGGGCUUUUGUUAUUUCUGUGCCAUGACCACCCUCCCACCACAAGGCUCAGAGAAGCAACCACUGCCAAAUCCUUCCCUCACACCACAUACUGCCUCCUCACUGCUUGGACUGAGAAGUUGGGGGGCCGCGGGACUCAGGAGAUUUUGGCUAAUGGAACAGGGCCACUCCUGUACAGGCUGGUGGUGGGCAGCACUGCCAAAAAUAUCACUGGCUGCAUUACUGCUUCUCAGCAGUGAGAAGAUCACUGGAUGCCUGUUUGGAAAGAAGAGCGGGGGAAGGACAUAUGAGUGGGAGGGACCUGCGGGGGUGAGAAGAGCCUGAGCCUUACAGUUGGACCAAGUCUUGGGCUGCCCAAGUGCUGGGAGCAUCGUGAGCCAGGAUCUCAGUUCAGACCCAGCUUUAAUGCUAAGAUAUGCCACAUAAUCUGCUUGUCCAGACCAGUGCCACACCUUCAGCUUAGAGUGGCUGAUAACAGAUUUAUAGGUCUUCAUAACACAAUAAGAAUUCAUUAUGGCUCCUUCAGACCUCAGAGGGUUUGAGGGCAGCAACCUCAAAACCACCAUGCUUCAAGUCCCGCAAAGAACGACAGAGGUCAGGACAGACCCUUGGGUCUGCCCCAGCCUUGGCUCUGCACCCUCCUCGCCACAGUCCCCAUUUCUCUGCGCCUCCCUGUGCUGAAACCCUGCAGGUCUGACCUUUGCUUUACAGCUGGAACCAGGAAAGGAGCCAUCCUGUGCCCGGCGCUCGCCCCCCUGGGUGCCGGCAGGGCUGGGGCUCGCAGAGCCCCGCGCAGCGUCAGGCCCGAGUCAGUUUUGGCAUCGCAAGGCAACAGCAGCUCUAACUAACCACGGGCCAUGUGGGGUGCUGGCGGAACUGGUGAAGCUGGUGGAAGCACAGCUGCUGGGAGGUCCCUGGUGGGGACAAAUCUGAGCCAGAGGAGCUGCAGGUCUGUCCCUCGAUUGCCAAUGCAAAAAUGAAACACCUCGCCUUGCGCUGAUGGUGUCAGAAGUGUUGUAUCGUCUCUCAACGCUGGUGGCAUCAUACUGAGUAAUUUAUUGCAAUGAUGAAUCCAAUCAUUUUCUGUAAACUAUUUUGUAAAUCACAUUGAUUAUUUAUAAUUGGGAGAUUAAAUGCAAAAAACCCCAUAAUAACCAGGCUGUCUUUUCCACCUGCAGCACCUUUUUUUUCCUGUACGUAGACAUACUCUGUGGGGAAUCCUUUUUGGUCCAUUUGCACCAAGCAUUCCCUGAUACUGUACAUCAGUUUUUGCUGGUUACUGCCUUCCAAUGGAAACAGAGGAAUAUUUCUUCACUAGAGUUUGUAUUCAUUAAAAAGAAAAGAAAUAAAUGCAAAAAUAUUUUCUAACUUU